CGUAUACUUGAACCGGUUUAAGCCCCGACGGCCCAGCAAGUCAAGCUCAACCUAUGGAGAUUAGAGGCAUAUCAAGUACAGCCCUAUAGGGCGGAGCACCCACGUCAUAGGAUCAUCUCGACGUCAACGAAGCGCGACGCAGCGCGACGCAGCGUGUCUGUCUGGACUAGAAAUAAGUCCUAUUGUCCAUACUCGACAAUCCAGGACCCGGCAAACCCCUGAAUGCGAUAUCAUCACCCCAAGUCCAAUUCCAGACCUUAGGCCUCAGCUCCCGUCACGCUCCUCUCCGCGAACACCCAGUACAACCAACCCACAAGUACCACCACUACCACCACCACCACCACCACCCUCUCCCCCCAAUGCCCCAAGAACCAAACACAAUGCCCUACCAAGAAUUCCCCGCCCACGAACGCGACCCUCUUCUAGGAGGCACCCACAACCCCAACACCACCCCACCACCACCACCACCAACAACAACGAACACCCAACUGACCCGCCUGCACGCCCACCUCACCACGCCGCUCACGCAGCGCUGGACCGACCUCCUCCUCCUGCUCUGCUACACAAUCACCGGCCUGCUCGACUCGACGGCGGUCUUCAUCUGGGGCUCGUUCGUCUCCAUGCAAACCGGCAACACCGUGUACGCGGGCCUCGGGCUGACGGGGCUCGACGCGACGGCGCGGUGGCAGAAAUCCCUGCUCUCGAUCGGCAGCUUCUGCGCGGGGAGUGUGCUUUUUGCCGGGAUUCACCGCCAUCGCCAUUUGGCCCGAAGUCGCGGGGCGCUGGCGCUCUCGUUCGCUCUCCAGACGGCGUGCAUCGCGGCCGCGGCGACGAUCACCAGCGUGUAUCGGCCUGCCAAGUCGGAGGACCGGCUGGAGUGGACGGUGGCCGUGCCGUUGGCGCUCGUGGCGCUGCAGAGUAGCGGGCAGGCGGUCGCUAGUCGCGUGCUGGGGUUCUCGGCGUUGACCUCCGUCGUGCUGACGAGUAUCUACUGUGAUUUGUUUUCCGGGCCGGUGCUGCAGCGGUUCGGCUGGGUACAGGUGCUCAGGAAUCCCGAUGAGUGGCGGCGGGUGGGCGCGGUGGUGGGAUUGUUGUUGGGGGUCGUUAUCGGGGCGGCUUGGGCGAGGAGUGAGGCCGGGUUGGAGGGGGCGCUGUGGACGGCUGUUGGGUUGAAGGGGUUGAUUACGGUGACGUGGUUGUGGUGGAGGGGGGAGAAGGUUGGUGGACUGGAGGAGUAGGUUCUUUUGUGGUGGAGAUGCAUAGG